CAACAACUAAAAUAGAACAAUAACAAUUGAAGUAGUCGAAACGUUAAGUAAAUUUGUUGUCGCACAAUUAACUUAGAUCGGAAUUCGCUAAAUAAAUAUUACUAUAAUAAUUCAGUACAAAUAUGCUUUCGUUUUUCUCCAAGAAAAAACAAGACACAGAUUCUGCUGAAGAAGCAAUACAAGGACCUACGGAUUCUACACAAUCGAAUGAAGGUGGAGACGAUUUCAUUUUUAUAGAAAGAAAAACUUCAGACCACGAUCCCACUAAAUUUUCAGCACAAGGUAUAGGAAUGUAUCCACCUAUACCUCCCGCAUUUGGAAUGGGCAGAUAUCCGGGCCAAUCGGUUUAUCCUCCUAUGACUAAUGUCGCCAGUGCAUCAGACAACGUGUCACCAGUACCAUACGUACAAGGAGUGCCCUUCGAGCUAGCGCCGCAGCUUAGCACAAAAAGUGAUUUUGAAGUAACUCAAUUGCAAGUUGACAGCAUUUUAGCGCUGUUGACCCGUCAAAUGUCGGUGGACGAAAACGAAGAAUAUAACUUUGCGCUGGAGAGAUCAAUACAAAACGAAUGUUAUUAGCUUAGUAAAUCGUUUAUAUAUUCGAUUUAUUUAGUUUUAAGAAAAUAUAAAUAAAAAAAUUUAGUAAUACAUUAAAACCUUAA